GCGGGGCGGAGCGGCGGAGACCGGAGCCGGCGGCCGCUCCAGCGCUGCCGGAGCCGGCGGGCCCGGGCCAUGGCGAGCGCCGCCAGCAGCGGCUCCCUGCGGGGCGAGAUCAGCUUCUGGGCCGAUCGAACGCCGGUUCACGAAGCAGCCAGGCGGGGAGAAAUCCUGCAGCUGCAGCAGCUGAUAGAGAGCGGCGCCUGCGUCAACGCCGUCACCUACGACUCCAUCACCCCCUUGCACGAGGCGAGCCUGCGAGGGCAAACGCAGUGUGUCAAGCUCCUGCUGGCUGCGGGGGCCCAGGUGGAUGCCAGGAAUAUCGAUGGCAGCACUCCGCUCUGCGACGCCUGCGCCUCGGGCAGCAUCGAGUGCGUGAAAGUGCUGCUGUCGCACGGCGCCAAGGUGAACCCCCCCCUUUACACCGCCUCCCCUCUCCACGAAGCCUGCAUGAAUGGUAGCUCGGAGUGCGUGCAGCUCCUCAUCGACGUCGGUGCCAACUUGGAGGCUCACGACUGCCAUUUCGGGACGCCCCUCCACGUGGCCUGUGCCAGGGAGCAUCUGGACUGUGCAAAGUUGCUGCUCAAGGCAGGGGCAAAUGUGAACGCUGCUAAACUUCACGAGACAGCCCUCCACCACGCGGCAAAAGUGAAAAACGUAGAUCUGGUGGAGAUGCUGAUUGAGUUUGGAGGAAACAUUUACGCGAGGGACAACCGAGGAAAGAAACCAUCGGAUUACACCUGGAGCAGCAGUCCCACAGCAAAAUGCUUUGAGUACUACGAAAAAACGCCUCUGAGUUUGUCGCAGCUCUGCCGAGUUACGGUGAGGAAAGCCGCCGGGCAGCGAGCGCUGGAGAAGAUUGCCAAGCUAAAUAUUCCUCCGCGAUUAAUCCAGUACCUGUCCUACAACUGACGGGGGCGAAGGUGACCAGAAAGGAUGAUAUCUUUAGCUCCCACAGUAUGAAGUAUAUGUCUCUUUCUCUUCUACCUCCCCCCAAGAAACUAAUUGUAAUUUAAGCAAACCGGUGUAAAUAGUAUUUAUGAGGCAGCGCUUCCUCUUCUCCACGGGCAAAGACAGGCUCAGGCAACGUGUAGCACUGGCUCGAAGUUGUAACCUCGGCUGGGGGGAUCUGUUAGACUGUCACCGCGUUCGAGGCUGGGGCGCUCGCUCUUUGAGCAGGAUUAAUCUCGCCUAAUUUUACCUGUCUCGGGCCUAAAGGCAUCUCUGCGCGUGAUCUCUCCCGCCUCCCUUUGCAGUCAGUGAAGAGAAAGAGAGAAUUCCGGCGCGUGAUUCAUCUGUCCUGUUUUAGAUGCCCGUGCUGGGACGGUACGGUGUGCCUCGGGAGCGCCUGUCUCCGCUGACUGCAAAGGGAUUUAGAGGCGAUACCCUCGGCUAUGGACGUCCGUGCCCCUGCAGGGAGGGUGCUGGAUCCCACCUCUGUGUUAAUAACUCCAGUGAUGGCUGCCUAAUGCCAAGGGACAAGGCUUGGGAGACCUGCGCGUUCUAGCUGGCGGCAAAGAAAGUCCCCGGCAAGCUCAGGACUAAUUAGAGGCGCCGCAACCGGUUCCUGACUUUCCGUGAGCAUCAGCGCUCCUUGGCUCGACACCAGCGGUGAGGACAAACUGCUGCCAGAUCAGGGUUGACUUUGCCCGCGCUCCUUCCUCGCUGAAGGGGAGCCAGCUCUUACCGUAGCGUUCCUCUAGGGUAUCACCGUGUCUAAUUUCCAAGCCCACGCAGGAAGCAGGUCUCUCUGCACGUCCAAGGUUGCUUCCCUCCAGAUGGCUGGUCCCAAAGGAUAUUUUUCCACUUGCUCUGAGCCGCCGUGGCCACUCUGGUGGUUUUAUGUGCAAUAAGUGGCAGAGCUGCUGCCCGGCGGUGCCUGAAGCACGGCGAGGGCAUUUCCCCGGUGUAGUGGUGCGCCAGAUCCCUGCGGCGUGUAAUCGCACGCGAAAGGCAAUAGGAGGGCUGGGCUCUGCCUUGGGUUUUGAGAUUUUUUUUGUUUCCCCCUUUUGAUUCCUCUCUCGAUGCUGGAUCCUCUCCAGAGGUUGGCAGCGGGAGCCAGCCCCGAGCCCGCGCGCUCCUGAGCGUCGUGCUCAAAUCAGCUUCAGCAGGCGCGACUGCGGCUUUGUCCUUCCGUGAUUUAAACCUUCGGGGUGACAUUUGGAUGAGCGGAGCCAAAAUUGUCGGCUGCCUUCCAGAUGAGACAUGACGUGUCGUCUGCAGGCAGUAACCUACAGGAUACGCGGUACUAAGAGCUCCCCGAUGCCCCCACGGCAGGUCUUAGCGCUGUGAGGGGAGCAAAUUCCUCCUCGGAAUGGCAGCAAAUGUUACAAAAUCCGCUGUCGGACGUGGCAUGGAGCUAACUCGGGGCUCUCAGCAUCCUUCAGGCUGUGAACUAACGCUUGAGGGCAAACGGUCGCUUGCCUGCUGCCUGCAAGGUCCCAUGUCCUGUGCCCCCCCCGCCCCAGCCAGCACCAUGGGGCUCAGCCUUGGGAGGGGGAAAAAGCACAGGGUCAAAGAGCUGAGGUGGAACUGAAUGCACUUUAAUGGCGUUCCAGCCAUAAACCAGCAAACCGCUUUGUUUUUUAAUUUUUCGUUAGGUUUGUUCCCCCACCCUUUGUUGUUUUUUGGUGUUUUUGUUUUUUUUUUUUUUUCCUGUGCCGUGUAUCCUAUAAAACAGGACAGAAACAUUUUUGAGAUCCUGCUCUUUGGGGGAUUGUCUGUUUAUUAUUCUGAUUUUUUUUUUUUUUUUUUGGUGUUUAAACCAUCAGAAAUGUGAAAUUGCCAAGGAGCUCCGGGAAGCCCCGGAGAUGUUUAUUGCGGGAUUCCUCCCUGUGAUUGAUAGGAUAAAGGUUUUGUAUUGUGUCUCUGUAGAAAAGCUUCCUCUGCCCAGCGUGCAUGUCCUUAGAGAUAAAUACGUAUUAGGAAACUGCACCUUUUGGUAAUUUGGGGUGAAAACCUUCCCUCUGGGUUCAAAUUGUUAGGUUGCUUUUUUAACACUGCCUCAGCUGGUGAAAUAACGAAAUGGUAAAGUCCCAAGUUUCCAAUGUGAAAACAAAAGACUCCUCGAACAGCCGAGAAUAAAUUUACAAGUUUCUGUUUACAUCAUCUUUAUUUUUUCCCUCUCUUUCAAGUCACCUCCCUGGUAGGUCCUAAAGUGUCGUUAUUUUUUUUUUUUCAAUCUGUCUCUGUUAAGAGGUCUUGCUGAUCAACGCGAGAGAGCUGAGCAUCUCCUAUUUGGUGGCGAUAGCCAGAGCCGUUCGGUAGCGGUAUCCUUAAGACAUCCACAUGUUACAGCUGUAUCUGGAGGGAAAGGUGUUCCAGGAAAGUCCUUUGAGACCCAACGAGGUAGAAAACGCCACCUGAGUCGUUCCCUGGUGUGCUGCGGGUGGCCGGGUCACGCCACGGCUGUUGAUGUCCAGAUGGGUGUUCACUUGCGCGUUUCUGGGUUUCCAACCUACGAGUGAAAAUUGAGAUGGAGACUCUUUUUAGUCUUUUAUCCAACCCGUCGAACCCUCCCUUCUCUUCAUCCCGCAGGGAUGUCUCAGCUGGUUGCGAAGCCCCUUCUGAGCUAUCGGGUUUUACAGCUCAGAGGAAAAGGCCAAGCAGACGCCAAAUUAAACCGAUGCGAUGUUUUGGCUUCCCUUAAUAUCUCAGACUGCACUUUUUGCGGCAGUUAGCAGUUACUGCAUGAGUAGCGGCGUCAUCCUUGCCACAGCUAUGGUCUGGAGAGUUUAGGAAUCACUGCGGCCGUCUCAAAUUAAGAUGAAAAUUAGAAGCUUUGGGGAUUAACCUUGCCCUAACAGGGUGGCAGGGGGUUACGCUGGGUGUCAGAUUUGGAUGAGGGUCUCUCCUGGCCCGUGAAUCGCUGAGAGAACCUCCACUUACUAAUACGAGAGGCCGCGGCAGGGCAUCGGAGAGCCAUCCCCAGCGCUCCGCUUCUGCCAACCCAUCGCUCCGCGCCGCCCUGCUUGAUGUGAGCCGCGGGAGUGGACGAUUUGGGAUGGCCCUCAAGACAUCCCAGAGGCUGUGGGUGUGCUCUCCUGUAUCCCACGAAGCCGUACCCGUCUCUCGUUGCACCAUCACGUCGCAGGUGUGGGUUGGGAAAGGCAGUUGUGGCUGCCCCCAAGAGAUUCCUCCUCCGGUUAUUUUCGCACUGGUUGUUUUAUUUCUUAUGUGUAUAAGAAAGGUCUGAAGAGGACCUUAUCUUCUGGAAGUUUUAUGCAUCUCGCCUGGGUGCAGCCUCUGGCCACGUAGGGUUGACUUCUCUCAGUUAUGGGUUAAAAAAACGCGGAGAUCCCAAGCACCCAAGUCACGCUUAGUUUAUGGGAACUGGCUACUUUUGCUGUUUCGGUGGCAAGCGAAGGACACAUGGGUUUGUAAAGAGUCUGGGGAUUGUUGGGAAUGAAAGAGGCUGGCUGAAUCACGGGUGUUAUUAAGUGAAACUCCUCGCCUGACUCUGCUUGGGUUACACCCUCUGCUUUAUUUUUAUGUCAGGUUCUGGCUAUUAUUUGACUUCCUUCACCCUCUAAUCCAAAUGUCAAAUCAGGGCGUGAAUCCAACGCAAACCAACCCAAACCCACCAGGCCAGUCCUGCUUUCACCCGUCCCCUUCCUUGGGCUCCCCGGUCUGCAAACCCAGUUGAGCGUUUCAGGCCACCUCCCCUCUCUUGUGGGUUUCUCCUUCCUGCUCCACCAGCUUUGCUACGGAUCCAGCAGCAUGGGGAGCCAUCUGGAAUAACCCCACUGCUUCGGAGAAGCCCAGGUGAGAACAGGGCUUUGCUUUCAUCCGUGAAAAUCAUCUUCUGGACAGUCAGCCUUUCUCCUGGGCGCUCCCAGUCGCUGCUGGCCGGGCUUCUUAAGAUCGGCUUGCAAGCGGGAAGCUUGAUCCUAGCAGCUUUUCUCCAACCAUGUGAAGUUUGUCCAGAAAAAACAAGGUGUGACUGAAGCCGAUGCCUUGGAAGAAAGCCUCCCGGUGCUGAAGACUUAACUCCUUGUAAUGCCGGCAGCCGUUACUUUGCCCGGAGGAGGCGGAGAGGAGCCACCCUUCCCCUCCGUGCGUGAAGGAAGGAUUUGCGCCAUUGGUUGCAACUUUCCGAGUCUCGGCGUAGAGAAGCAGCGGAGAAGGGAAAACUUCAAGCACAAACAGCGUUAGUUUUUGUUUGUUUUUUUUUUUUAUUUUUUAGUAUCUUCAGGGGACUUUGUACAAGAGAUCGAACCCCAAGAGCUGCCCUAACCUUAGCGAGCAGCAAACAAAGACCUCGGUGUCCUCUGGAAGGUGGCACCUGAAGAUGAGUAACGCGGUGGUUGCAUCACGUUUAAGGCAAGCAUGAGCAUGAAGUCUCUGUUCUACCUCUUGAUUUAAAAAAAAAAUAACAUCUCCAAACGCUGAAAACCUUGAGUGUUUACCUGAGCCUUCACACACCCCGUUCAUCACUUCCCUCCUUUCUUCAGGGGAAGAUGCGAUCUUGCAGGGACUUGCAAGAAGAUGACCUGUCCCGUACGCUUGAGCGGGAGCAAAUAGGUGUCAACCGGGUUGGGGGGGUCUCUGCUGACUUGCGCUUGCUUGAGGUCCAGCCUCGGGCAGCUCGGAGUUGGUGAACGUCCUGCUCCCUGGCCUGGGGGCGGCUGGCACACCGGUUGUUUUGAAAUCGGGUUUUUUAAGGCUGAGGUUGUUAUUUUCAAACUUAAAACCUAAAUCCAUAGCAAGGUAGCAAAGCACAAGGGAGGGAAAAAAAAAACCCUACUGAUUUCCGAGGACCUCUGGAAACCUUGACUACUUCUACGUGGGGCACGUUUAGGUUUGUCUGUGCUGUUAGUUAACUCCAGGCUCUCCUCCCUGCGUGCCACCAGGAUAAAAAAACCUCAUGGGUCCUGCAAAAAACCCCUCAUGGUCCUGCAAAAAACCCCAGACCGACUCAUUUCUUCACCCCACAGCGUAGAUGGGGCUUGUGCUUCGGUGUGUGCCCUGUAAGUGGGAUACCCUGGUGCUUCUCGGUUUAGGCGCCAAGACGCUGGGCUCAGAAAGCGUUGACCUCUGUUUGGAAAGAGUACAGCGUGCUAUGAAGAUGCUAUUUGUAUUUAUACCUGGUUGUCUGAUGUUUUAAUGGUUUCUAGCACAUUGUGACGGUAAGAUUUAGGCAGGUGCAAACGGGCUGGAGUGUUAUUUCAUGAUUAAAAUUCGCU